AUGAAGGCCUUUGUGUUGGAGCCAGGCAUCGACAAGACCCCCAACUCGGACGUGAUACCGCCACCGUUGUUCACGCACAUGAGCCUUCCGUUCAACUACUUCUACUCCCAAAAUCCAUACGUCCGCACCACUGCAGAUGGCGGCACAGUCAACCUGACUGCUGUCAAGCAAGUCGGAUACUUUAUCAGCGUCGACGAUCCCACGCCCACUGGUCCUCAGGAGCCUCCGGAUGUAACGGACGCUCGCUUCAUGGAAGUUCUGGCUGACCUGGAGAUGGCAUUUGCCGAACGCCCUAUUUGGACACGGCGUUCAUUGUUGAAUCAUCUCGGCAACAAGCUUGAUAGCUGGAAUGAGCUCAAGAAAUAUCUCAACUAUGCCGCCUACCAGUUCAAGGGCGGUCCCUGGCGAGACUGCGUGGUACCAUACGGUCUCGACCCGCGCACACAUCCAAAAUAUCGAGAAUUCCAAACUCUCAUGUUCAAGUUGACUAGGCACAAGGGACCGCAAGGCCCUACCGCCGUUCGGACGUACACUCGUCCAGAAAAGGUUGAGGAGCGCCAGGCACCAGCCGGGACAACAAGCCAUAUUUUUGACGGCGAAACAUAUGAUACCGAUGGGAAGGUCUGGCAAGUCUGCGAUAUUACCGACCCGCUACUUCGCGAGCUUCUCGGCCAAGCGGCAGUGCGUCCAACGUGGGACACCAGCAGCGGCUGGUACCACGGCGGGCUGUGGGCCAAGGUCAAGGCCAUUAUGAAGACAAAAUUGAUUGCUAUUCGAUUUGGUAGGCAACUUUCGCGGGCAGACUUCGCGACUACUUUACAAUUUGGCGACAUGACGCCGGUCAGGUCGACGACGAGUAAUUUUCACCUGCCACUGCCAAACUUGCGGCUUACAGACGAAGAGCUUACGGCACUACGUGGCCGCAAACCGCCGAAGAAGAGGAGCCAGGGUUACAAUGUGAAACUAAAGAGUCUUCCAGCGGCAUCAACGACAACCGAUCUUGCAUCGGUAGCAAGUUCACCAGCCCCGACAGAAGCCAUUGACAAUGAUGAGGAUUCCGGCGCGGACAGCAAUGAUGAGGAUGAAAGCGGCUCUGAUCUGGAAGAUGACCAGCUCGAUGAAUUGGCGGAUGAUUAUAAAUAUCAGGACAACAAUGAGCCAGAUUAUCAUCCGCCAGCGUAUAGCGGCCCAUACUCUUACGAGUUCGGCAGUGGUCAUUUGAAUGACAGAGAUGAUGUUGACGAGGCCUACCCAGCCUUGGAGUAG